AUGGGAAAGGUUCACGGCUCUCUCGCCCGUGCGGGUAAGGUCAAGUCUCAGACACCAAAGGUGGAAGCCCAAGAGAAGUCUAAGGUCCCCAAGGGCCGUGCGAAGAAGAGACUUCAAUACACUCGCCGCUUCGUCAACGUUCAGCUCACUGGUGGCAAGAGAAAGAUGAACCCCAACCCUGGUGCGGCUUAA